AUGACCAGGACUAUCACAAAAGAAGACUUCGCGAAUUCAAUUCAGGCUCUGCAGACCAAGCUGGAUGUGGAAUUGAACAGAAUGGAGGAACUAAGAACGAUGAAAAUAACAGCCAAUGCCAACGAUGAACUCAAACUCCAAGUAACUACUUUGAAAGAUACAAUAAAAGACUUGCAGAGUCAGUUAAAAAUAUACGAAGGUCAAAUCAAAAGCAAAGAAGAUAUUUUAAAGGUGAAAGAGGGGCAAAUCAAAAGCCAGCAUGAACUCCUUAAAAAUAGAGAUGAACCAAUCUCGGACUUUAGGACUCAAAUUAAAGCGAUUGAGAAAACAAAAUCAGAACUAUCUAGUCAGCUUUCGGAAUACCAAAUAAAACUCAGGGAGAUGGAACCAUUUAAGGUGUCAUGUGCGUCUUCUCCACCUGGUUAUACUGUAAUUCAGAGACGCAUUGACGGAUCUGAGAACUUCGAGAGAAACUGGCAUGAUUAUAAAUCUGGAUUUGGGAAUGUCAGUGGAGAAUUCUUCAUCGGGCUGGAAAAAUUGCAUCGGAUGACUGAGGCACGACCCCACGAACUCUACAUUAAACUUGGGAUGGUUAAUGGAUCCACCAGUUACGCUCACUAUGAUGACUUUAUGAUUGGGAGUGAGGAGGAAUUGUACGAGUUGAAGAAUUUAGGGAAAUAUUCUGGUGAAGCCGGAGACUCACUCACAUACCAUAAGAACCAAAAGUUCUCCACAUUUGAUCGGGAUAAUGACAAUCAUAAAGUAAAUUGUGCCUUAGCAUAUGGUGCAUGGUGGCACAAUGGCUGUGGAUCUAGUGCGCUCAAUGGAAAAUACUUGAAAGAAGGCAAAGGUUACGGAAUUCAUUGGGGCUCAUGGCAUAAAUUCAUAAAUAAUAUAUCACUGACGUUCACUGAAAUGAUGAUAAGGCCCAAGUCCUUAUGA